AUGGUCAGCUUGGGGGAGAAGUGCUGCGGGGAGCUGUGCCCGCAGCUCUGGGACGAGGAUCUGGUUGGGGACAAGUAUGAGAAUGUAACGGGUUUUAACCUGAUUAAAAGGUUUGACCUGCUGAAGAUCUCCUCCGUCAAGAAAAUCCGCAACCCGAGGGGGCCGCUGGUGCUGCGGCUGGGGGCCGUGCCGCUGGUCCAGCCCACGCAGCAGGUGUUUCCCCGUGGGCUACCCCCCGCCUUCACCCUCAUCCUCACGUUGCUGCUGAAGAAGAACAGCACCGGGGAGCACUGGUACCUCUUCCAGGUCACCGACCGGCAGGGCUACCCCCAGCUCUCCCUGGCUGUGCAUGGCCCCGAGAAGAGUCUGGAGUUCCAGGCCAGGGCGCCGGGGGCCGCGUUUGUCAGCGCCGUCUUCGGGGGAAAGGCCGUGGCGUCCCUUUUUGAUGGGCGGUGGCACAAGGUGGCAGUGGCCGUGCAGAGCCGCGCCGUCUCCAUCCACCUCGACUGCGCCUCCAUCUCCUCCAAGCCGCUGGCACCCCGGCGGGCGCUGGCCCCCGAGGGCAAUGCCUUCCUGGGGCUGGAUGCCGUGCGCGGCACCCCGAUGCGGUUCGACAUCCAGCAAGCUCAGAUCUACUGCGAUGCCGAGCUGGCCAGGCAGGAGGGGUGCUGCGAGAUCUCUGACAGUGGGUGCCUCAUAGAAGCGCCCAAGACCCGUCGGCAAGCGGAGCUGAUGCAGAGCAGCAACCUCAUCGAGAUCUCGCCGCAGCCCGAGGGCCGGGUGUACACCCGCUGCUUCUGCCUGGAGGAGCCGCUGGGCGCGGAGCCAGUGAGGACCUCGGGGAGGACUGGCCCGCAGGGAGAUCACAGGGAGAAGUGCCCGCCCUGCUCGCCACAGAUGGCCUCAGCAAAUGUCACGCUCGGCCCCCCGGGUCCCAAGGGCGGGAAGGGCGAGCGCGGCCUCCCCGGCACCGCUGGCAGCAAGGGGGAAAAAGGCGACCGUGGUGCUGACUGCGUGCGCACCCACCCUGGUGGCCCCGGUCCCCCCGGAGCUCCUGGCCCCCCCGGGCCCCCUGGUGCCCCAGGCCGCCAGGGGAUGCCAGGACACAACGGUUUGCCGGGACUGCCUGGCCCGGCUGGAGACCUGGGGCCACUGGCUGUCAUGGCCGAGAGGAACAUCGAGGUGCUGAAGACCCUCUGCGGGGACUGCGCCCAGCUGCAGGCAGCCUUCGAAGCACCCACUGGUGUCAAGGGAGAGAAGGAGGACGGGGGCAUGCCGGGGGCCCCCGGCAGCGAGAACUGUGCCCGCUGCCUUGCCCAGUUCCCAAGAGCGGAGGAGGCUCGGGGUGACAGCCCUGACCCAGACUGUGUGGGCGAUCCCGGGCUGCCAGGCACUCCGGGCAUCCCCGGCGAGAGAGGCGAGCAGGGCUCACCGGGACUGCGGGGACCCCCAGGACCACCCGGGCCCAUCGGCCCCCCAGGCUUUCCUGGAACGCCUGGCGCACCCGGACUGCCCGGUCUCCAGGGGGAACGCGGCCCUGCCGGGCUCGCUGGAGCCAAAGGGGAGCCGGGACCCCCCGGGCAGCCUGGCUACCCCGGUGCGACGGGCCCCCCCGGCCUUCCCGGCAUCAAAGGUGAGCGAGGCUACGUGGGUCCCCCUGGAGAGAAAGGGGAACUGGGACCCCCCGGCCUGGAUGGCCUCCCUGGGCCCACAGGGCCAGCGGGUGACCCCGGACCCAUGGGACCCCAAGGCCGGCAGGGACCCCCGGGGCUCAUCGGCCCCCCUGGCAGCCCGGGACAGCCGGGUCCUGCUGGCCUCGCCGGAGUGGGGCUGAAGGGCGAGCGGGGCUCUGUGGGGGAGCGAGGUCUGCCAGGGAUGCCAGGAGAGCCGGGACCCCCGGGCCACCCGGGACCACCGGGGGAGCAGGGACCAGACGGACCCGUCGGUAAAGAGGGCCCCCCAGGAAAACCCGGCAGUGCAGGACCGGCUGGCCAGAAGGGAGAAGCUGGAUCCCCUGGCGAGAGAGGCUACCCCGGGGAGAAGGGCAGAGCCGGCAUGCCCGGGGGGCCGGGGAAGAGCGGCUCCAUGGGCCUCGUGGGGCCACGGGGGCCAGUGGGAGAAAGGGGCCCCCCCGGCUCACCGGGACCUGCGGGCAGCCCUGGGCUGCCAGGCCCCCCGGGUAUGAUGGGAGACGUGGUGAAUUACGACGAGAUCAAGAGGUUCAUCCAGCAGGAGCUGAGCAAGAUGUUUGACGAACGGAUGGCGUACUACACCUCCCGGCUGCACUUCCCGGUGGAGAUGGUGGCAUCCCCGGGAAGACCCGGUCCCCCGGGGAAGGACGGGCUGCCCGGCCGGCCGGGACCCCCCGGUUCCCCCGGGAUGCCGGGGCAGAUCGGCAGAGAGGGGCGGCAGGGCGUGCCAGGCAUGCGGGGUGAGCCGGGCGCCAAGGGAGAGAAAGGAGAGAAAGGCGUGGGGGUGAUGGGGGACAGCGGCCCCCCGGGACCCCCAGGUCCCCAAGGGCCACCAGGCUACGGGAAGAUGGGCCCCCCAGGUCCUGUGGGACAACAGGGCAUCCCCGGCAUCCCCGGCCCCCCGGGUGCCACGGGGCAACCGGGCAAGACGGGGCACUGCAGCCCGGCGGAAUGCAUGGGGGCCAUGCCCCUGGAGCAGCCCCUCUUCCAGCCCAAAAACGUCAAGGGUCCCUUCGGCUGAGGGGCCCCCCCGUGCCCCCCCCGACCUCUGCUGUUAAUAUCGUUUCCCCGCUGUGCCGGGGGCUCUGCCUGUCCCGCGGGGGGGGUGCAUGGGGGGGUGCGGGUGUUGUACAGCUCCGUCGCGAUCGUGAGGGCAGGUGGAUCCUGCCCGGCCAAAUACACCCGUGCUGGUGCC